AUGGUCAAGUGCAAUGUUGGAAUGGCUUGGGUUGAUACUGGUACAAUGAGUGGUGCAAGUUGGAUAGCAAGAGAUUGUCAAGGCCGACCUCUACACCAUAGUCGUCAAGCUCUUAUAGGUUCCUCAAACAAAAGGGAAUCAGAUCUUAGGUCACUGCUAUGGGCUGUUCAAGCAAUGGGUGACUUACGCCACAAGAAUAUCCUCUUUGAAGCUUCAUCUGUAGAAGCACGACAAGCUCUUUUGAACCCUACCAGUUUCCCUGAUCUCUCUCCAUUGAUUCUGAAGAUAUUAGAACUCCUAAACGGUUUCGAAAAAUGGACAAUCUCCCAUGUGUCGAGACAUAUAAACAGAGCUGCUACAACCAUAGCGGAGAGCGUAACUUUUGGUCCAUACCUACAGUCAUAUGUUGCUUCAGGAGGUCCUCGCUGGCUCCACAAGAUGCUACAAGAGGAAAUGAGAAACACUUAA